GAACUGAGCUUUCAGGCUUGAGACGGAAGGAAUGAUCUCACUCUGAGAUUUUAUCCUGCUGUAGAGAUGGAAGGAGUUCCUCUCAAGUUGUCUCAAGUUUUAACGCUUUAAAGAGAAAUCUGCUAGAGAGGAGAAAUGUCAAAGGAAACCCGCUUCUCAAGCACGGGAGACCUUCGUUCAAGGGGUUCUCUCUUUGUGUUUGAAGAUUGAGUUUUUAAAAAAAAUUCUGCGAACUUAAGACUUAUUUACUUUAUCUAUCUAUCUAUCUAUCUAUCUAUCUAUCUAAUCUAUCAUCUUUGGUUUUCAGGUUUGGAUUGUGUCUUAAGAAUUUGACGUUCUUCUAGUGCCAUUAAACAGAAAGUUGAAACGUAGAAGGAGAGUUAUUAAAGUACAAAAGCCGUCCUUGGGCAUUUGCGAGGUGUCCUGCAUUGGGGGAUUACUGUGCCAACUCAGGGUGUCUCUCAGCAGAAACUUACAGUGCCUGUGAAGGCCUUGGUUUGCAUAGAAAAUUAAGUGCUCUGGAUGUUUAAAAAUCAGUGCAAAUACCCUUACAAGUAUCUAGCAUUUGUAUCGUCAUUGAUAGACGCUGAUUUUUACCACAAAACGAAGGUGAGGAAAGGGCCUCCGGGAGAGUUCUUUGAUGAGGCCAAGGCUGGGAAGUGAUAGAGCCAGUUCUAGAACCUGAGGUCUUCUGAUUACUCAUUGAGUGUGCAAUUCUCACUGUAUUAUGUUUUAAUUUUUAACAGAGUGCGGUUAAUGAGAAGAGGCAAGGAGGCUCACCUAUAAAAUUUAAGAAAUACUAUUCAAUUGCCCCUUGUUUUACUUAUUUUUAAGAAUUCAUUUCUGACCCUUGCAACCUUUUUUAAAAUUUUUCAUGUUAUUUUCUCCCAAACAUUGGAAAGUUGAAAAAUAGCACGUUUGAACACAUACUUACCCCGUAGUUUUAAUAGUUAUUACCAUUUUGCCACAUUUGCUUUAUCUACCCAUUUCACAUUCUUUUUGGGUGAACAUUCUCAAAACCCACUGCAGAUAUCAUGACAGUUCACACCGAAGUACUAUAUCCGUGUCAGUUGUAUAUCAUAAAAUUGAGGACAAUUUUCUAUGUAACCACAGUACCACAAUCACACUUAAAGUUAAGAAUAAUUCCUACAAUCAAGUAUAUGUAUGUAGUAUUCACAUUUUCCCAGUGGUUCCCCACAUGUCCUAUUUAAUCGUUUAUCAGUAUCCAAUCAUACAUUACAUUUGUUAGUUUCUUCUAAUUUAGUGUUGUUCUCUUUUUUUGUGUGUGAUGACAUCGACAUUGUAUUAUAAACCACAUUCUGUAUUUUAUUGACAGUGUCCUUCUCUUUGGGUUUACAUUGUACCCUCAAUUGCUAGUAUUCCUUGAGUAGAUGAGCCUUAAUAUUUUUGGCAGGAUGACUUCAUAAGUCAUAGUGUAUUUCACAUUAUACAUGCUUGUAAAAAUAUUGCAUGAUGAAGUCCUUUCUGCUAAAGGAGAAUACCUAUUUACUUUUAGUUUUUAGAAACAUUGUUCACUCAUUGAUUGUUGAGUGAGAAAAUUUGUCUUGGAUACGUCAUGACUCACUCUGAGAUUUCCCAGAUUUCUCUGAAGUGCUUGCUAUCAUCCAUCUUUGCCUUGGUCUUUAGGUUCAUCUAAUAAUUGUGAAAUGUCUCCUCUGUCAGUUUUCUUCUGUCCCAUCAUGGGUAGAAAAUAAAAAGUUCUGAGUUCUUAACUGUGUUCAGUGAAAACUAAAAACAAAUGAAGAGGAUCAGGUUAUGCCAUCCAAAAAUGUGCCACUUUAACAUAAGGAUUAUUUUGAGCAGAAGGCAAUUGAGAAUCAGUAGGUGUAAGAAGAGUUUUCUGCCCUCCCAUUGUCUGCCUAAAGUAGGGCAUAAAUUUCCUUUUGUGCCAUAACCUUCCCCCCUUCUCCCCAUACCAGGAAGGAAAGAGAGACUCUUUAUCACCUGAAAUGGAGCGUUGAUACUGAGAUGAGUUUGCAUAAACAGACCUAACUAAAGUAAUCCUUAUCUUUCAUUAUAUUUCAUUAUCUUUCAUGUUUCCUACUUUCCUAUGAUUUGUCUCUCAGUGUACAAAUUCCCUUUUCUUUAAAAUGGUAUGUAAGUCCCUGAGUCUAACUGCUGCUUUGAGUUUUACUCCUUUUCAGUGAACUCUCAUGUAUGUAAACAUUAAUAAAAAUUGUGCUUUUUCUGUCUUUUGUUAGUUCAAGUUGCAGGUCCCCAGCUACUGCAACCUAAAAGGGUAGAAGUAAAGUUUUUCUUCCCAACACAGACCACAAAGAUGAUGUCUUCAGUCUUCUAUGCCUUUUUGAAAGAUAAAUCAAAAAUGGCAGAACUCUUUAUGGAAUGUGAAGAAGAAGAGUUGGAACCCUGGCAGAAGAAAGUAAAAGAAGUUGAGGAUGAUGAUGAUGAUGAGCCGAUCUUUGUUGGAGAGAUAUCAAGUUCAAAACCAGCAAUUUCAAAUAUUUUGAAUAGAGUAAACCCCAGCUCAUAUUCAAGGGGAAUAAAGAAUGGCGCACUCAGUCGAGGUAUUACUGCUGCAUUCAAGCCUACAAGUCAACACUACACGAACCCAACAUCAAAUCCAGUGGCUGCCUCGCCAGUAAAUUUUCAUCCUGAAUCUAGAUCUUCAGAUAGUUCUGUUAUUGUUCAGCCUUUGUCUAAACCUGGUUACAUAACAAACUCAUCACGAGUUGCAUCUAGUAAUUCUACAGAGUUACUGUUUGACUUGACCCAGGAUACAGGAUUAUCACAUUAUCAAGGGGGACCAACACUUUCUAUAGCAGGUGUUAACGAAAGUUCGUUUUUAUCAAAACGUCCUUCUACUUCUGAAGUAAACAGUGUUAAUCCAAAAAAGCCUAAGCCCAGUGAAGGUGUUUCUGGAGCAAAUUCCUCAGCUGUAUUUCCUUCAGCUAAAUCUCUUUCAGUGACAUCUCCCCAGGCUAUGUCAUCAAAAGGUACAAAUAACUCAUCAAAUCAAUCUAAAAAUGGAACACCUUUUCCAAGAGCUUGUCCAAAGUGCAAUAUUCAUUUCAAUCUUUUGGAUCCUUUGAAAAAUCACAUGAAGUACUGUUGUCCAGACAUGAUAAAUAACUUUUUGGGACUGGCUAAAACAGAAUUUUCAAGUACAGAAAAUAAAAAUAAGACUAUUGAUUCAGAGAAAGGAAAAUUGAUCAUGUUAGUUAAUGACUUUUAUUAUGGAAAGCAUGAAGGAGAUGCCCAGGAAGAACAGAAGACUCAUACAACCUUUAAAUGCUUCAGUUGCUUGAAAAUUCUUAAAAAUAAUAUUAGGUUUAUGAACCACAUGAAACACCAUUUGGAACUUGAGAAGCAGAGCAGUGAAAGCUGGGAAAACCACACCACCUGCCAGCACUGCUACCGUCAGUUUCCCACACCAUUUCAACUGCAGUGUCACAUUGAAAGCACACACACCCCCCAUGAAUUUUCUACCAUUUGCAAAAUCUGUGAAUUAUCAUUUGAAACAGAGCAUAUUCUUUUACAACAUAUGAAGGACAAUCAUAAACCCGGUGAAAUGCCAUAUAUUUGCCAGGUUUGCAAUUAUAGAUCGUCAUCAUUUUCUGAUGUAGAAACUCAUUUCAGAGCAUCCCAUGAAAACACUAAGAACUUGCUAUGUCCAUUUUGCCUCAAAGUUAUUAAAAUUGCGACACCCUAUAUGCAUCAUUAUAUGAAGCAUCAGAAAAAAGGAAUACAUCGUUGUACAAAAUGCAGACUGCAAUUUUUGACAGGCAAAGAGAAAAUGGAUCACAAGACUCAGCAUCAUCGAACAUUUAUAAAACCUAAACAGCUGGAAGGAUUACCUCCUGGAACAAAAGUUACUAUUCGAGCUUCAGUUGGACCUCUUCAAUCAGGAUCUUCAACUACACCUUCCAUUAGUGCAAACACUUCUACCCUUCAGGCCUCACCUCCAAGGACAAAAAGUAUAGCUGCUAAAAAUCCCACAAAAUCUAACACAAGUAAACUUACUACAACUAAAUCUAAUGCAAGUAAACCUACUGCAAGUAAGCCUAAUGGAAGUAAAUCUAAAUUCAAAUCAAAAAUCUCUAAUAUGCAAAAAAAACAAAGCACUUUGGCUAGUAGCAAUAGAAAAAGUAAAGUCAAUACAGCAUUGAGGAACUUAAGGUUUCGUCGGGGAGUUCACAAGUGCAUUGAGUGUUGUUCCGAAAUAAAAGAUUUUGCAAACCACUUUCCUACAUAUGUCCACUGUAGUUUUUGCAGAUACAACACUAGCUGUAGCAAAGCCUAUGUAAAUCAUAUGAUGAGCUUUCACAGUAAUCGUCCAAGUAAAAGGUUUUGUAUUUUUAAGAAGCAUUCAGAAAAUCUCAGGGGCAUUACUCUAGUGUGCCUUAAUUGUGAUUUCCUAGCUGAUGUCUCUGGCUCAGAUAAUAUGGCUAUACACUUGAGUCAGCAGGAAACUCAUAUUUGCCAAGUUGUGGUAGAGAAAGUUUCUGUUCAUAUCCCAACUUCUGAACAUCUUUCUGAAUUAAAAAAUGAAGCUCCCACUAAGGAACAAAAACCUGUGUCUGAGGAAAUUGCAAGACCUAAUAUGGCUGAAGGAGAAACAGAAACAUCAAAUUCUGAAAGUAAAUGUGAUAAAGCUUCUUCAGAAGAAAAAAAUGGAUGUGAUUUAAAUUCAUUUGAAGGCUCAUCAGCAACAAAAAGUGAAGAAAAAAUGAUAGUUUCAGAUAAAGAAAACGAUGCCUGUCCUGAGGACAAGGAAACUGGCUCAAAGAAUGUCUUCAGUUAUGAUUCAAAUAUUGGUAAAGAAAAAGUGGAAAAGGAAAAGCAAAUAGAACACGUUGAUCAGGAAACAGAGUUGAAGAUGUGCCAAAGUUCAGAAAACAUAAUUUCAUGUUGUCAGAUUAAAGAUCAAAACUCCAAUGAAGCUAGGUUUUCUUCGAAGAAUAUUAAAGAUUUGCGGUUAACAUCUGGUGAUGUUAGCAUUGAUAAGUUUUUGAGAAAAAGAGAUGAACCUGAGUCUGUUAGUUCUGAUGGUAGUGAGCAAGGCAGUAGUCAUCUGGAACCUUUGACUCCAUCAGAGGUACUUGAGUAUGAAGCCACAGAGAUUCUUCAGAAAGGUAGUGGUGAUCCUUUAGCCACGUCUGAUGAAGUAGUGUCUGAUCUAACAGAUGAUGUUCCUGGAGGAAAUAGCCCUAGCACAACAGAGACAACAGUCGACCUGGCAGAUGAAAAAGAAAGGAGUUGAAACUAGUUAAAUAAUUCUUUUUAGUGUACCAGCGGUAAGAGCAUUUAGAGCAGUGCUAUCAGGUGAGCUCAGUGGUUCUGUUGUAGAGUUCAGAAAUAGUACAAUGUGAGGGAGGUCAUUCAUACCCUUUUAUCUGUAUGUGCAACCUAGGUUAUUACAGAAAUCAAUUCAAUAAUAGCACUAUUAGUAUGGAUUUCCAGGAGGCUUUAAAACAUGAAUUAGGAUUUUAAUGAAAGUUAAACUUACAAAAGAAAAGCUUCAUUUAACAGUUCUCAAGGAAAUGGAACUUGGUUGCCAAUAUGAAUUGAUUAUUAGAAUAUUAGUUAUAAAGCAGUGAAAGUUCCACUAGUCCUAAGCUAAAAAUCCUUAUUCCCUAUAUAUUUCUUAAUUAAAGGAAGAAAUUUGGAAACUACAUACCUUUUGGGAAUUUUAAUUGGCAUUGUUAAUGAAAGCUUUAUUUGGGGUAUGAUGCUGGUAAACGUUUAGAGUGUGAAAUUAAUGAAUCUAUUAAGAAUUUGGAUGAACAUAAACUUAAUUUUGGAUUUAAUAUAACAUUCCAGACUGUCAGAAGCAUGUAAACAGAAUAUUUGAAUUCAUGUACCUCCAUACAAGUGUUAGCCUGCCAGGCUGUAAGCUUACCUUAAUUAAACUUUCAGUGAAAGUGAAAUUAUUAAAACAUAAAUUUAUAUUUGUGUUUUUGUCAGUGUGAGCUGUGCAGAAAUCCCUUGAUGUACUAGUUGUAUAAAGUAGAAACCCAUUGUUAAAACUCCUAUAGCCAUUAUGCUUUUAAUAUUGUUUUAAUGAUCUUUAGAAAUAGACCCAUAAAAAUGGUCUGGAAACCAAACCAAAGUAUGGUAUAAUGUAGAUAUUGUAAAGCAGUAAACUGAAAACAUGUCCUGACAUGAAUUCAGCCAUGUUUAAGUGACUUUUUCUUUAACUGUAAAAUAGAAACUUCAAAUGGGACCUAAAGCAGUGAUGUAAAAAUUGGUUUGGGAUAUUUAGUCUAAUUUAUCCAUAAGAUGGCUGCUAAAUUGAUUUUUCAGUUUUUUAUCAUCUAGAAAAUAAUUGAUCUAGAAAUGAGUAAAUGAAUAACGGUAGUUUGCUUUGAAGUACUAAUAAACUUUUAUUUAAAACGCUACAUUUUUACUUCUUAAAAUGUGCUUUGAAUUCUUAAAUUUUGUUUUACUGAAUAUUAAAUGUUCUAAAUGUCUAUUAAAAUUCUGCUGUAUAUAAUAGUUUUUGAGUAACUAUUUGCAAUAAAAAUCUGUCCCUGAAUAAUUUUAUUUUUCA